GUCUACAUUUCAUAUCUUAUCUUUAUCCAUUGUACUUGAAACACCCAUUCAUUCAAGACUUACAGCGUCUCUGUAUCGUCACACAACCAAAAAUUCAGCACCACACACGUGAUAUGCCUAGUGAGCGCGUGACUGACUGACUGACUGAUGACUGACUGACUCAGACACCAGAUAUGAUAUAAGGAGCGAACUAGUCCAUGCAGAUGGAUCACUCACUGGCCUUCCCCUCCAGAAAAAGACACCGGUCUUCGCCCUCCCUCCCUCCCUCCCUCCCUCCAUGCAUCCCUCACGAGCCCCGCCCCCUGCCCCCGACACAGACGAGGUCAUCAGACCCGAAACUCGGUGGCUUCUGUCUCGACCUCGGGUUCACAGCAAAGGGUCCACCACCAGUAGUUCCAGCCGCGAAACAGCCCACAAAACGGCUCACACUUCUUGUUGGCCUUCUCUUCUGCCUCCUUUGCAGCAGCGGCGGCCGCUGCAGCCGCCUCAGCCGCCUCAGUCGCCUCUGAGCGGCGUCGCUCAACCUGUAUACACAGGUCAUGGCAGGGCACCACCAGACCAGUCAGUCCCAGCCAGCCAGCCAGCCAGCCAUGAGAGUGUGUGUGUACCUCCUUCUCUGCACACUCCCCCACUUGGACCACAUGUGUCGGGCUAGGCGGGUCUCCCUUGUCCUCGAUGAACUUCUUGACGCAGCCCCCAAUGAAAUCCAGGGCCGCGUGGUCGGGCGGCGCCAGCAUCGGGGUGUUGUUCCGCCCCGGCACCAGCGUCACCCCCAGAGUCUCGCGCCGGGGGCUGCCUGGGGUGGCGGGCUGCUCCUCCACAGACCCACGCCGGCUGCUCGUCGAAUCGCUACUGCUGCACACACACACACGAGAGAGAAGGAGAGAAAGAGAGAGAGAGAGAGAGAGAGAGACACGGCAUGGAUGUCCCCUGGCAUCCAUCCCUCAUACUCACUGUUCGACUUACCCUCUUCGGCCCUCCCCAGACGGCCCUCCCCGUCCCUCCCCGCCCGAUGCCGUCCCUCCCCGGGUCCCCAGCCCCAGCCCUCCUCCGGGUCCUCCCUGGAAGAUGUCGGCAGGGCAUCUGCAUCCACAAAGCGAAUGGGGAACAGAAAAAGAGAUGUGCAUGCCAUGGGGGCAUGCUUGGACGCCUCAUUUGUACCUCAGUGCCUCCUGAGGUGGGUGCACCAACGCCAUUAUCGUCAACAGUCAACACAACGUCUGAAACUAACAGGAAACACCGAAAUACAUUCUGAGUUUUGUGUGAGUGUAUGGGUGGCUGCUCACGUACUUCGCUGGUCAGCUUCAGUCGUUCUUUGCUUGAGUUUUUUU